GGGUCUCCCCAACCACAGGCCUGGAGCCUCUACAGCCGGCUCUCCCAUUUUGUUUUGGUCUCUUUUUGUUGUUGUUUGCUGUCGUUUGAAACCGUUUCGUGUGGCGCCGGCUUAGCCUCGAACUCCCUGUUUGAAGGAUCACCACUGACCUACUAAAGAGAUCUCAAACCAAAAAUAAAACCAGGAAAAAUUGCUAGACUCAAGAAGGAUGGAUCCAUGUUCAGUUGGAGUCCAGCUUCGUACCACAAAUGAGUGCCAUAAAACCUUCUAUACUCGUAACACAGGUUUCAAGACUUUGCAAGAAUUGUCAUCAAAUGACAUGCUUUUGCUUCAGCUUAGAACCGGAAUGACACUUUCUGGGAAUAACACAAUUUGCUUACAUCAUGCAAAAAUUUACAUUGAUAGAUUUGAGGAUCUGCAAAAGUCAUGUUGUGACCCAUUUAACAUACACAAAAAGCUGGCAAAGAAAAAUUUGCAUGUAAUUGACUUAGAUGAUGCCACAUUUCUGAGUGCAAAAUUUGGAAGACAACUUGUACCUGGUUGGAAGCUUUGUCCAAAAUGUACCCAAAUCAUCAAUGGAAGUGUAGAUGUUGACUCUGAAGACCGCCAGAGAAGAAAACCUGAGUCAGAUGGAAGAACUGCUAAAGCUUUGAGGUCACUGCAAUUUACAAACCCAGGGAAGCAAACAGAAUUUGCUCCAGAAACUGGUAAAAGGGAAAAAAGAAGGCUAACGAAAAAUUCAAGUGUUGGCUCAGACAGACAGGUUAUUCCAGCAAAGAGUAAGGUCUAUGACAGCCAAGGGCUCCUGAUUUUCAGUGGGAUGGACCUCUGCGACUGCCUGGAUGAGGACUGCUUAGGGUGCUUCUACGCUUGUCCUGCCUGUGGCUCCACCAAAUGUGGAGCUGAGUGCCGCUGUGACCGCAAGUGGCUGUAUGAACAGAUAGAGAUUGAAGGAGGAGAAAUCAUCCAUAAUAAGCAUGCUGGAGGCACAUUUUGCAGUGAAGGCACAUUUAACUUUAAAGAAAUGAAGUAAAACAAGGUUGGGUGCAGAGUGGCUGGAUCAUUGCCUUUUCAAGGGAAAGUUAUAUAAAGCCAAGAUUAAAGAGGACAAACGCUAACAGACAAAAGAAUUCAACAUGCAAAUGCAAGCCCUGUCAAUAUCCUUUUAUUAUCAAUAACCAACGUAACAUUGAAGAAUUUGAGAGACACCUUAAGCUAUAGGUUUUAUUAUAUCCUGGUACCCCAUGUUUACAAACUUAGUUAUUUUGACAACUAAAUUGGUUGUUUGGUUGCUUAAUAUCUGCUAACAGUGGCAGCAUUUGUUCUGUGCAAAUGUGAUCCCUCUACAAGGUCUGGGUUAAAUACAAAUCUAGUAACAUUUAGAGGGGUAAAGUUGGUAUAUGUUUAGUGAAGUGUAACAUUGUUAUAAUUUUUUCUUUUAUUGAAGAGUGAUCUCUCUCAUUCUAGGCUUAGCUACUUUGAAGUCACCACUAUCCUACUACCUCAGGUUCCUGAGUGCUAGGAUUAUAGGCACAAGCCACCACACCUCACUCUAGGAUUUUUAAAGUAAUAGCAGUCUUGUGCUAUAUAUGAAGUUAGCCAUUUGAUUCACAUUUGCCAUUUGACUGAGUCGAAUAAGGUCACCUCAGUUGUUAAAAGAAAGCUAGGGCUGGAGAGAUGGCUUAGCAGUUAAGCGCUCGCCUGUGAAGCCUAAGGACCCAGGUUCGAGGCUCAAUUCCCCAGGACCCACGUUAGCCAGAUACCCAAGGGGGCAGUGGCUGGA